AUGCUUUCCUCCUUGCACAUCAUCCUCCUGGGAUUUUUUUUAAUAAAAUGCAACGGACACGGCUCAAUUUCUGAUACACCUUCUGUCCUUGCGCAAUCUAAGCUUGUUACAAGCCUCAUCGUUGAUCUAGGGUACGAGCAGUACCAAGGAUACCACAAUUCAUCCUUCAAUCUCAACACGUGGCUUGGCAUUCGCUACGCUGCACCGCCUGUCGCGAGCUUGAGAUGGCGAGCGCCACAGAAACCGGCUAGGAAUCGCGACAAGGUCAUUAAAGCUGCCGCCUUUCCGCCGCGAUGUCCUCAGGGUCCACAAGCACCGCUCGUACCAAAUUACAACUAUACUGGCUCCGAAGAUUGUCUCUUCCUCUCAGUGUAUAGUCCUGCCAAUGCGUCUGGUCCGCUGCCUGUCUUUGUCUGGAUUCACGGCGGGGGCUAUGGAGGGGGUCAAGGAAAUCAAGACAUCGGCAAUCUCAGUGCAAUCAAUCAUGACGGUUUCGUCAGUGUCGUAAUACAAUAUCGACUAGGCGCCUUUGGCUUCUUAGCGUCCGAUGAAGUGUACAAUGACGGUAACGUUAACGCUGGACUUCUGGAUCAGCACGCUGCCCUACAAUGGGUGCAGGAGCAUAUCUAUCUCUUUAACGGCGAUCCUCGUCGAGUCACCAUUGCUGGCGAGAGCGCAGGCGCUGGCAGCGUCAUGCUGCAGGCUAUGGCUUAUAACGGAACAUUGGGCACAAGUCUAUUCAACAACAUUAUCGCCGCUUCGCCAUAUCUGCCAUUGCAGUACCCGUUCUACGGCUGGCAGCCUUCGCAGGCGUACUACACAUUUGCACGUGCAGUUGGAUGCGAUUUAGGCCGUGCGUAUGGAAAUUCGAGUGUGACUAUCAUUGCUUGUCUUCGUGCUGCACCAUCGCACAAGUUGCAACAAGCAAAUGCCGAAGUUGGUGCAUCAGGCACUUGGGGGACAUGGGCUUUCCUUCCGACUACAGACUUCCAAUUCAUUCAUCAUCGACCUAGCGAACAGCUGGCUAGGAGAGCUGUCAACGGUCUUCGCGUGCUGUCCGGAAACAACGCUAUGGAGGGUGCUGCUUUUGUAAUCCCGAAUAUCACUACGGACGCCGAAUUUGAAGCCUGGCUACGCUUGGAGUAUCCCUUGUUGUCCACCGCUGACCUCAAUGAUAUUCACACCAUGUAUUACGCCCCAGGUAUUAAUGCUACCAUACCAUUUGCGACAUGUGGCGAUUGCAAUGGCGCCACUGCGAUAAACGUAGGGUCUGAGGCUGUUGGACCUGGGCAGCGCGCUAUCAAUCUCUAUUCUGAGACGACUUUCGUCUGCCCAUCAUACUGGCUUGCCGAAGCUUUUGACCCCAAAUAUGGGAAGCAAGCAUUCAAAUACCAGUACUCUGUUCCUGCCGCUCAGCAUGGUGCUGAUUUGUCCGCUGAGGGUCUUCGCGCUGAGACAAUCAAUGUCAGCCCAGACUUCUACAAGGCCUUCACCACUGUCUGGGGCAAUUUCAUCACUGAUGGCAAUCCGUCUAUCGCCAGUUCUCUGGCCAAUGGUAAUUCGAACGCCAGUUAUAAUGCAGCAAGUCGCUGGCCGCUAUUUUAUACGCAGGGACAGGGCGCUUACCAGAUGCUCAAUCUCAACGAGACUGGAGGUAUCGAGUAUAGUGCCCAUGUAGUCGCAUAUCCCGAGCCGAAUGUGGAGCAGUACAAGGGACCGGGCUUACGCAAUUCAAUCCGGCAGGUAGACGCUUAUACGUGGGAGGGCGGACGAGGGGCACGGUGCGAUUUCUGGAAGAGAAUUGGAAGAAGAGUUCCCGAAUAA